UACGGGGAUGACUAUGGGUAGCUGCUCGAGAAUAACAACAGUUAGCCAGCGACAACUGCCAUUAAUGAAAUAAUUCAGCUAAAGUUGUUGCGGGGACAGCAACCGGUGGCCACCAUGGCCAACAUCACCAAGAAGGUGUCGUGGUCCAGUCGUGCCGACGAGACCGGGAUAUUAGGCGAGGGGACACCGCUGCUCAACGGCUCCGAGCAGCUCACACACUCCAGACAGCCGUCUGAAGGACGCAGUGUAUUUCAGAUAGGCAGACUCAGCACAGUGGAUUUGGAAGAGGAGAUAACGUCAGAUGAGGACUCACAAAGAGGACGGCCCAAUGAGAUCCCUCACAAUGAGAAGCUGCUGUCUCUUAAAUUUGAGAGUCUUGACUAUGAUAACAUUGAAAACCAGCUCUUUCUGGAGGAGGAGCGGAGGAUGAGUCACAUGAAUUUCCGGUGUCUGGAGAUUAGUCGCUGGGUGGUCUGCGGUCUGAUUGGCUUCCUGACCGGCCUCAUUGCCUGUUUCAUAGAUAUUGCAGUGGAGGAGCUGGCUGGGAUCAAAUACCAAGUUGUCAAAAAGAACAUAGAGAACUUUACGGAGGUGGGUGGCCUGUCCAUCUCCCUCCUCCUUUGGGCUGUCCUCAACUCUGCCAUUGUCAUGGUGGGGGGCAUUAUAGUUGCAUUUUUUGAGCCCAUAGCUGCAGGAAGUGGUAUUCCUCAGAUAAAAUGUUACUUGAAUGGUGUCAAGAUUCCCAGGGUGGUACGACUAAAGACACUGGUGGUGAAAGUGGCUGGCGUUAUCUGUUCAGUAGUUGGCGGUCUUGCUGUCGGAAAGGAAGGGCCCAUGAUUCACUCUGGUGCUGUGGUAGCUGCAGGCGUCUCUCAGGGAAGGAGCACUUCUUUAAAGAGAGACUUCAAGAUCUUUGAAUACUUCCGGAGAGACACAGAGAAAAGGGACUUUGUCUCUGCUGGUGCUGCUGCUGGAGUUUCCGCUGCUUUUGGAGCACCAGUCGGUGGUGUUCUGUUCGCUCUCGAAGAGGGAGCAUCCUUCUGGAACCAGAUGCUAACAUGGAGGAUAUUCUUUGCUUCCAUGAUCUCCACCUUCACUCUGAACAUCUUCCUCAGUGUCUAUAACAAAAACCCUGGAGACCUUUCCAACCCAGGUCUCAUCAACUUUGGCCGCUUUCCGGUUGAUGGUGUGGCCUAUAAUUUCUAUGAGAUCCCGUUGUUUAUCGCUAUGGGAGCUAUAGGUGGAUUGCUGGGAGCUCUGUUCAACAUUCUCAACUACUGGCUGACCAUCUUUAGGAUCAGGUACGUCCAUCGCCCAUGUUUGCAAGUAAUGGAGGCCAUGUUGGUGGCUGCCGUGACUGCAACUGUGUCAUUCACCAUGAUCUACUUCUCCAAUGACUGUCAGCCUUUGGGGCCAGAAGACAAAAAGGAAUACCCACUGCAGUUGUUCUGUGCAGAUGGAGAGUACAACUCCAUGGCAACGACCUUUUUCAACACUCCUGAGAGAAGUGUCCACAGUCUCUUCCACAACCAGCCAGGAACCUACAAUCCCUUGACCCUGGGCUUGUUCACUCUGACGUAUUUCUUCUUGGCGUGUUGGACGUAUGGCCUAGCGGUGUCUGCCGGAGUUUUCAUCCCCUCUCUUUUAAUUGGUGCAGCCUGGGGGAGAUUGUGUGGAUUCCUGCUGGCAGCCAUCACCACUCCUGCCCCACUCUGGGCUGACCCUGGUAAAUAUGCUUUGAUUGGAGCUGCAGCUCAGUUAGGCGGCAUCGUCAGAAUGACUCUCAGUUUGACCGUCAUCAUGGUGGAGGCUACGGGAAACGUCACAUACGGCCUUCCCAUCAUGCUCGUCCUCAUGACUUCCAAGAUAGUAGGAGACUACUUUGUAGAGGGUCUGUAUGACAUCCACAUUAAGUUGCAGAGCAUUCCCUUCCUUCACUGGGAGGCUCCUGCUACCUCACACUGGCUGACUGCCAGAGAGGUGAUGAGUUCUCCAGUCACCUGUUUGAACAGGAUAGAGAAGGUGGGAACCAUUGUGGACACCCUGAGCAACACAUCCACCAAUCACAAUGGCUUUCCUGUGGUUGUGCAAGUUUCUGGCAGUGAUGAGCCGGAGAAGCUCUGCGGCCUCAUCCUCCGCUCUCAGCUCAUUGUUCUUCUCAAGCACAAGGUGUUUGUGGAGUUGGCUCGGUCACGGCUCACACACAGGAAGCUCCAGUUGAAGGACUUCAGAGACGCCUACCCUCGCUUCCCUCCCAUCCAGAGCAUCCACGUCUCCCAGGAUGAGAGAGAGUGUAUGAUGGACCUGACUGAAUUCAUGAACGCAACGCCUUACACCGUACCACAGGAAACAUCUCUUCCUCGUGUGUUUAAGCUGUUCAGAGCACUGGGACUCAGGCACCUGGUGGUAGUGGAUGAUGAAAACAGGGUGGUUGGACUGGUGACCAGGAAAGACUUGGCCAGAUAUCACAUUGGAAAACACGGACUAGAGGAACUUCAGCUGGCCCAGACAUAGUACACACACACACACACACACACAAAAUCCCAUGAACUUUGACCACCUGAUGCCUCACCAGCUAUGCAGCCCCAACAGACACCAUUAAGAGCAAAGACUUCCAUUCCAUUAUGAUAGUGGUUCCCAUGACAACAUAAACCAUACCCAUUUACAGACCUGAAUUAUUGACAAAAAGUUUACACUGAAAUAUAUUAACUGCCCACGGAGUAAAUAAUGAAUAGAUAUGUAAAAGAUAAUUAAUCAUAAUAUUUUAUAGUUGAAUCUCUAUUCAUUAUGUGUUCUUACUCCUCAAAAUCCCAAACAACUGUACUAUUGUGAUAAUGCAGUGGUAUGUUAGUAAUCAGAAAUGCUUCUGAAUAAUUAUAUAUUUUUAAAUAAUCCAGAUGAGCUGGAAUCCUCAAAGAAUAAGCUGUGUAGCAAAAAAUAAAAAUGGGUUUGCCGUAAAAACCUGGUUUUGAGUGAGUAUCCAGUUUAACAAUUUAGAAAUUCAAUAUUCAUCAAGUUUUUUUUUGUUUUUUUUUAAAUUGUUUGUAAAUGUAGUAUUUUCCAAUGUUUGUGUAGUUUUGCACUGAAAGAAUGUUAUUUAUUGUUGAUGUUGUUUGGAAGAAAGUUUGGGUUUCACGUCACAUUUAUCGAGAUGAAGCCGAGUUGUUAACUGAUUGACUUUUGAAUGAUUUCGCCACAAGGUGCAGGUUUCACAACAGACGGAUCCCAGUUUUCCUGCGUCGUCCUCCGUCUGUCAGCUUUACUGAGCUGUGUGCACUCGUCUUAUAAUAUUUAUACUUUUGUCAGUCAGUCUUGAUUGGAUAUUGGGUUGGUAUUCAAUGGUACAAACACAUUUUGCUUUGUCAGCACCAAAUGUUUGCACUACCUCCUGCGGUAAAAAAUAUAAUAUAUAUAUAUACUAGCAAAUGUCUCUCUUGUAGCUCUCUUGUCUCUAAAUGAAUGUAAAACUAUAGUUUACCACACAGCUGUUUAAAUAAUAAUUAGAUUCUUUUUACCCAGUAUGGUGCUCAAAGCAGUAUUCAGAUUUAUAAUUUAUUUUCCAUCGAUCACCAGUGUUUUGUUUUUCUGCUUCCGCACUGAUUCUGGCUCCUUCGUGGUCUUUUUGUUGCACAACGUGAGAUGUUAAAAAUACUGACUGAUGUUUUAUUUUAGAACCACUGGCUACACCUUUUGUGCAUUAAAAAUAAAACUGGGAUGGAUCUGUUGUUAUAUGA